AUGGCCAUCCCACUUCUCGUCCCACACAUGAACCUCCACGACGCCAAGCUUGGCGGGUUCGACAUCCCCGCAGAGAGCAAGAUCCUGGUCAACGCAUGGUGGCUGGCCAACAACCCGGCCCAGUGGAAGAACCCCGAGGAGUUCAGGCCCGAGAGGUUCCUGGAAGAGGAGGCGAAAGUCGAGGCCAACGGGAACGACUUCAGGUACCUUCCCUUCGGCGUCGGGAGGAGGAGCUGCCCUGGAAUCAUCCUCGCCCUACCCAUCUUGGGGAUCACCAUUGGACGCUUGGUGCAGAACUUUGAGCUGUUGCCUCCGCCUGGACAGUCCAAGCUCGACACUUCCGAGAAGGCCGGGCAGUUUAGCUUGCACAUCGCCAAGCACUCCACCAUUGUGGCUAAGCCCAGGUCUUUUUAA